AUCAGCCUCCAUAAUUUUCAUUAUGGAUCCAUAACUACGCCAAUUGUCAGUAACCAUGUCCUCUCCCUCUUGUCCUCGUCCUCACCCUCGCCUUCUCCCACCCGCGCGGCGAUAGCACCGUCGUUUCGCCCAGAUUGCCGCCCCAGCCCCCGCUUCUGCCUCCUCGCUCCUUCGUGCUCUGCACCAUCGAUCAUUCAUCCUUGAGCUGAUGUGUAUCGGACAAAGCAUACUGCCUCCAGCCCACACGUGAGAUCGCCCGAAGCUCCAGAUUCCCGUUUACUGUACGCCGAUAUAAAGCAUGGGCGACGAACACACCGCCGCCUCGUGCACGGAGGCUCUACAGACCGCCCACCCUCCGCCCCCAACGUCCAAGGUUGGAACCCCCAGCAAGUUACCACCCCGUGAGCUACCUGGCACCGCCGACAGUGCUUCCACCAUCCUCACGCAGCCCGCUCACAGCCCCCAGUACCUCGGUCGCAAGACCCUCCCGAUAAAGCGCGGCGACGCCGAACCUCUCACCAGGGAAGACCUCCAGUAUGAUCUUCUCUAUUACAUCUUUGCCGAUCGCACCGUGGCCUUCGUCGACUUCCUAGCGCCGGGGAAGCCUCUUGUUAAUUUCUGCGAUCUCUACGUCAAUGCCCUCUACAACUCCAGCAAGUGUUCAAAGGUGCUCAAAGACAAGAUGGUCGAGACGCCCGCGUUUGCCAUCGAGUUUGCAAAGAUUUCCCUCCUCACCAACGUCGGCAGAAUAAACACCACCAUGGCCUUUUUUCCCGAGAUGAAGACGGCUUUGCGCAGCUAUCACCCCGUUCCAUCUCUUCAGAAGACCGACGGGAACCUUCAAGACGCUCCUCGCAUCAAGAACUGUCUGAAAGCCGCUCUGUUGCCUUCCGAAUUUAAGGGUACGCCGCCCUCUUCCCCAUUGGAGAUCCUAGAAAAGGCGCGCGCCGGGCAGAUCCCACCCACGAGCGUUGUCAACCUUAUAUUCGUGUUGGCCAAUUCCAACAACUCUCAGCAAAUUGCGCACAGUCAUUUUGAUCCGCCAGUCGAGUUCCUUGACUUGUUCCUCCCCGUCAACCUCUCCUCUAACUCUAGGGCCAAAGCCUUCCUGUGGCUCAUGUUUCACUAUCUCCAAGGGCCUGACAAGCCGAACCCCUUUGACGACGAUUAUUCACGGGCGAACCCUGGCAAGGUACCGCGGCUGCGUCACCUCACUCCAGAGGAGAUGGCGCGAGAAAACGUCGACCCUGCAGAUGAGAUCGAAUGGGGGCGGAGGAUGAGCACACAGCGGAGCAAGUUCCUCAAGGAGCUUGUUGACGAGAUGGAGGCAGAGAAGAAGAAGGCGCGCGAGCCACAGCCGGCGCCGAUGCCCGCACCAACGACGUCCACCUUUUCAGUGCGUGAAUAUGGUCCGUCGAGGCGCAGCCGCCCGCCGCACUAUCCUGCAUCAACGUCUGGGGGCAGCCGCGGCUCGUCGCUCUCGCGCAGCGAGUUUCCUGUGCCCCCUCAUGUGGUGGAGUCGGCGCCCCGACAACCGCCUAGGGCGCCGCUAUAUCAGAGGGACGCGUCCGAUUCUAGUCUGACUCAGGAGCGAAGCAUGUUGGAACAUGCCUGGCACAUCGCUGCUAGCACGGACCCGCUGAAUGACUCGGAUGAAGAACAAGACGAGCAUGUAAGACUCGACUACAACCGACGACUCCGUGUUCUGUCGCGGCUACGAGGGAAGGAGCCCACACCGGAGCCGGAAUCCGAGCCCGUCGCACCGCCGUCUGGGAUGCAGCCUUCGCAGCAGUUCACUCAGCAGACCACACCCCCCAGCGGGUCAGAUGGUGCGACCGGACGGCUAUCCCAGGUCCAAUCCUGGCGGUAGUGUCAUUCCUGCUGCAACAAUUCUCGACGGCCGAUCAUCUGCGGAAGGUUGCCCCAUCCGUUGGAAUGUGGCCGUUGAUGCUGCCAUUUUUGCGCGUUCAUUGGGUUUGCGUGUUCUGUACAAUUUCAACCAUGUCUUCCUGUCGGGCCUAGUCUACUUACACGGCAUAAAACUGUAACCAUGUACCACCGGCCUUUGUCUCUAUCCGUCAAUCUCACUUCCUUCCUCGCUCUCGCGAACGAGCGCGCUCGUCCCACGCACCCUGAACGCCAAUGGUUUGACACUACCGAACAUCGUAGUCUUUCUUCCAUCUUGCCUGCAUCACCGGCCAAGUACUCUCACCAAGAACGUCACACAGGGUUGACAUUGACAGUUAGCCGCCGCCGUUUGCCUUGCCUUGUAAUUUGCACGCAUGCAUAUUAUUUGUCAAUCAUAGGGCAC